AUGAACCCUCACGCCCUUCUGGGCUUCGUUCUCGCUGUCCUGCUCCAGGUAGCAACAGCCCAGUCCUACGGCAAUGGCUCUGGCGGUGGUCAAGGCCAGGGUGGUGGUGGCUCCUCUGGCGGUGUUCCUCCUAGUAGUGGCGGCCCUGGCAGCAGUCCUGGUUCCCCGUUGUCAGUUUCUCCCGUCGUUCUCACCUGUCCUGUUGCUCAGCCCACUACUGUGUUUGUGACUCUUACUCCCGCCGCUCUGUCCACCAUCACUGUCACGGCUCCUGCUGGAGGCAACGGCCCCAAUGGUCCUCAUGGCUCGGCUUCUCCUCAGACUGGUUCAUACCCAUCCGCAGGAUCUGCACCAGGUUGGUCCCCUGCCAAGACUGCCACUGUUCCCUGCACUACCGGCACUGGUGCCACUGCAGGCGUUGGCAACAGCCCAUCAACCGGACUGUUCACCACUGAUUAUGUCACCAUGUCUCUGCCCCCUUUCAACGGUCAGACUGCUGGCAGUCUCAUCACUUACACCAUCAUCACACCUCUCGUUUCUGGCGGUGGUGCUCCAGGUUCAUUCGGUGUCUCAUCUACUCCUGGCGCUGGCAAUGGCGGCAGCUACCCCUACCCUCUGCCCACGGUCACAGUGACCCAGACUCUCAACCCAUCGGGAGCCAACGGGCCUGGCAACGGCAUCCCCGGCAGCAACGGUGGUCCAGGUGCUUCUGGAAACCCCAACGAUCCCAAUGGUACUGGCGGCCCAGGUUUGAGCACACCUUGUGACACUGCCACUCUUCCUCAUGGCCCCAAUGGUCCUGGCGCAACUGCCAAUCCCGGAGGUAACGGCAACCCCAAUGGCCCCGGUGGCUCUGGUGCCUCUGGAAAUCCCAAUGGUCCCAACGGCCCAGGUGGUCAAGGUUUGAGCACAUUCCCAGCUUCUGGCCUCGCUACUGUCACCGUCACUGUUCCUGGUCUUCCCGGCAUCACUAGCAACCCGGGUGGUAACGGCAGUCCCAAUGGCCCGAGCAGCUCUGGAAACCCGAAUGGUCCCAACGGCCCGAACGGUCCCAACGGCAAUGGAGGCUCAGGUCUCAGCACCCCUUGUGUCACAUCAAGUCUUCCCAUCGGCCCUGGAGCGACUGGCAACCCUGGCAGCAACAGCGGCAGUGUCAGUCCUGGAGGUGCCGGUGGCCAAGGUCCUUCCAUUUUCCCUCCUGGCAAUCCUGGAAUUCCUGGAGGUCAAGGCUUGACGUCUCCUGUCACCGCUCCUGUUCCCGUCACUGUCACGGUCACUAGCCUUCCUGGUGGCGCCGGCAACCCUGGCACCAAUGGUCCUGGUUCGGGAGGCCCGGGCUCUCCGUCCGGUGUCUAUGGAGGAGGCUUUGGCAAUGGCCCCAACGGUUCCAAUGGUCCCAAUGGUCCCGGCAAUCCUAAUGGCCCCAGCGGUCCCAAUGGUCCAGGUGGCCAAGGCAUGAGCACCACCUUCUUCACUGUGUCUUCCCCCAUCACUGUUACUGCUCCCAAUGGUCCUGGUGGCACUGUCAACCCGGGCGGCAAUGGCGGCCCAGGUGCAUCAGGUACCCCUGGGAGCCAAGGUGGUGCUGGAGGCCAAGGUUCACCUUCGGGCGUCUACGGCGGAGGCUCAGGCAACGGUCCCAAUGGUCCCAACGGCCCUGGUGGCCAAGCCGGAUCGGCAAGCCCAGUCACUGUCACUGUUCCCAGCAACCCUGGUGGCAAUUCAGGCGGCCCAGGACCUGUCACUGUCACUAUACCCAAUGACCCGAAUGCCAGUAGCUUCCCAGGUGGCUCCAAUGGUCCCAACGGCCCCGGCAGUCCACUCACCAUCACUGUACCAAGUGGCGGUCUUCCAGGAGGUCAAGGCACUGGAGUCACUGUCCCAGUUCCUCAAGGUACUCCAGCUGGUGGGUAUGGAGGAGGCUCUGACAACGGUUCAGGCAUUCCCAAUGGUCCCAAUGGCUCUGGCGGUUCCGGCAACGGCUCAGGCAGCCCCAAUGGCCCCGGGAAUCAGGGUGGUUCGGCAGGUCCAAUCACUGUCACGGCUUCCGGUAAUCCAAGCGGUGUGCCCGGCGGCCCUGGCGGCCAAGGGACUUCUGCUGGUCCAAUCACUGUCACUGUCCCCGCGAACCCAAGUGGUGGCGUUCCAGGUGGCUCUGUCGGUCCUGUCACCAUUCCUUUCCCUAGCGGUGCUGCAUCAGGAGGUCAAGGUCCCAGCACAUUUGUCACUGUUCCAGUCCCUCAAGGCACGUCUGGAAGCGGUUAUGGCGGCAGUGCUCCUGGCAGCGGUUCAGGCGGUCCUGGUGGUCAAGGUAUUUCGCCGUCAUUCACCAUUACCCAAAUUUCCACCUUCCCUGGUACCCAGACCAUUGUCAUCUCCAACUCUGUUGCUCCUGUCGCCGUCACUUCUAUACCAUCCAAUGGCUCAGGUGGCCCAGGCAGUGGUUCAGGCACUUCUGGAUCUGGACCAGGCAACUCCGGCUCCGGCAACCCAGGCUUCGGCUCUGGCAGCCCAGGCUCUGGUAACCCCGGCUCCGGUAGCCCAGGUUCGGGUAACCCUGGAUCAGGCUCUGGUAACCCAGGUGCGGGCAGCCCAGGCAAUGGUUCCGGCGGCCCAGGAAAUGGUCCUUCAACCCCAUGCCCUGAUGAGAUUACCAUUUUCCCAAGUCAGACCGGCAAUACUCAGCAAUCCACUGCUUUCCCUUCGGCGAUCACUGUUACUGCAGGACCUUCAUCUGGUGAGUCAACACCUUGCACUACUUCUUCCACUGCCAUUCAGACAUCGGGUGCAGCGCCGUUCACCCUUCCGUCGAGUGGAUGGAACGCAACCAUGUCGAUGACUGCUUCUGGCACCGGUGCUGUCUUUGGAACCGGUGUACCACCGUCUGUCACACCUGCUGUGACUUCAAUCCCUCCUGACUGCCCUUCUUUGACCUCCACAAUGAUCUCCAGCUCUGUGAUCACUUGGUGUGCAAUACCCCAGGCGACUUCAACGAUCAACAUUGGCUCAACUCCUUCUCCACCUCCUCUCAAACGUCAGGUGACUAAUUCGGAUCUUCCAGUUGUGCCCACCAUAUCUGCAGGUGGUUAUCAGUGGGGUCAGAAGGUCAACAGCGGGUGUGGCCAUGCAGCCGACAAGGGAGAUUUCACGCUGAAGUUCUCCCAGUCGUUCAAGGUUACUGGUCCCUCUGCCACUCGCUUCCGUCCAUCAUCUGGAGACGCAAUGCUCCAGUUCACUCCUUUAAAUGCUUCCGACACUGUUGUCACGACUGAGAGAGCCAGCUUCGGCAUGGGAGGUGGGCAGACUGCCAACUGCUUCGCCUUCAACUUCUAUGGAGCCAGUGUUGGAUGCGAGUCCGACCGUAGCGGCUGUGACUUCACAUUCACCGGUAUGAGGUUCGAUGACAAGACCAAGAAGCAGGAGAAGGUUACUACUCAGACCAUUCACGUUCCGGCCUGCCCCAAGAAGGACAAAUGCGAUUUACAGCAAGUCUCUGUCGCCGAUUUCAAGGAUGUGACAUCUGUUCUCAUCGAUGUUGAGAGUGACGGCGAGGCACGUACGUGGUGGGCCGAUGAUCUCGAGCUUGGUUGGUUCGACAACAACUGCGAGGCAGCCAACUGCCGUUCAAAGGUACGCGACACCACCUUGACCAAGUCUCAGGGAAGACGAUGGAUCGCCUGA